CAGCCCUUGUCGGGAGGAGGAGGGUAGAGCCGAUUGCGGUUCUUAUGCGCCUCAGGGCUGCGUGCUUUUGGUCUUAGUCGUCCGCACGGUGCUUUGCGGCUGCCGUCAAGCGCGGCGCUGGGCCGGCGGGCGGGGGCCGAGGGGCUGCCAUGGCGGCGGCGGGCCGGCUGCCGAGCUCCUGGGCGCUGCUGGCGCCGCUCCUUGCGGGGCUCGCACUGCUGGGAGUCGGGCCGGUCCCGGCAAGAGCGCUGCACAACGUCACGGCCGAACUCUUUGGGGCCGAGGCCUGGGGCACCCUGGCGGCCUUCGGGGACCUCAACUCCGACAAGCAGACGGACCUCUUCGUGCUGCGGGAAAAAAAUGAUUUAAUCGUCUUUUUGGCAGACCAGAAUGCACCCUAUUUUAAACCCAAAGUAAAGGUAUCCUUCAAGAAUCACAGUGCAUUGAUAACAAGUGUAGUUCCUGGGGAUUAUGAUGGUGAUUCACAAAUGGAUGUCCUCCUAACAUAUUUUCCUCAAAAUCAUGCCAGCAGUGAAUUAGGAGCUGUUAUCUUCUGGGGACAAAAUCAAACUUUAGAUCCUAACAAUAUGACCAUACUCAAUAGGACUUUUCAAGAUCAGCCAUUAAUUAUGGACUUCAAUGGUGAUCUAAUUCCUGAUAUAUUUGGUAUCACAAACGAAUCCAGCCAGCCACAGAUACUAUUAGGAGGAAAUUUAUCAUGGCAUCCUGCAUUGACCACUAAUAGUAAAAUGCGAAUUCCACAUUCUCAUGCAUUUAUUGAUCUGACUGAAGAUUUUACAGCAGAUUUAUUCCUCACAACAUUGUCUGCCUCUAGUACCUUCGAGUUUGAGAUAUGGGAAAAUUUGGGUGGAAACUUUUCUGUCCAUAGUGUAUUUACAAUACCUCAAAAUAUGGUGGUAGUUGGACAGUCAGCAUUUGCAGACUUUGAUGGAGAUGGACAAAUGGAUCACUUACUUCCAGGCUGUGAAGAUCAAAACUGCCAAAAAAGCACCAUCUACUUACUGAGAUCUGCAACAAAGCAGUGGGUUCCAGUCCUACAGGAUUUCAAUAAUAAGGGCACACUCUGGGGCUUUGUACCAUUUGUUCAUGAAGAACGACCAACUGAAAUACCAAUUCCAAUUACCCUUCAUAUUGGAGACUACAACAUGGAUGGCUAUCCAGAUGCUCUUGCCAUAUUAAAGAACACAUCUGGAAGCAACCAGCAAGCCUUUUUAUUGGAAAAUGUCCCUUGUAACAAUGCAAGUUGUGAGGAGGCACAUCGGAUGUUUAAAGUCUACUGGGAGCUGACGGACCUAAAUCAAAUCAGAGAUGCCAUGGUUGCCACCUUUUUUGACAUUUAUGAAGAUGGAAUCUUGGACAUUGUAGUACUAAGUAAAGGAUAUACAAAGAAUGAUUUUGCCAUCCAUACACUAAAAAAUAACUUUGAAGCAGAUGCUUAUUUUGUUAAAGUCAUUGUUCUUAGUGGUCUGUGUUCUAAUGACUGUCCUCGUAAGAUAACACCUUUUGGAGUGAAUCAGCCUGGACCAUAUAUCAUGUAUACAGCUGUAGAUGCAAAUGGGUAUCUGAAAAAUGGUUCAGCUGGACAACUCAGCCAAUCAGCACAUUUAGCUCUCCAACUACCAUACAACGUACUUGGUUUAGGUCGAAGUGCAAAUUUUCUUGACCAUCUUUAUGUUGGUAUUCCCCGACCUUCUGGAGAAACAUCUGUACGAAAACAAGAGUGGACUGCAAUCAUUCCAAAUUCCCAGCUAAUUGUCAUUCCAUACCCUCACAAUGUCCCUCGAAGCUGGAGUGCCAAACUAUAUCUUACACCAAGUAAUAUUGUUCUACUUACUGCUAUAGCUCUCAUUGGUGUCUGUGUUUUCAUCUUGGCAAUAAUCGGCAUUUUACAUUGGCAAGAAAAGAAAGCAGAUGAUAGAGAAAAACGACAAGAAGCCCAUCGGUUUCAUUUUGAUGCUAUGUGACUUGGCUUUAAUAAUACAUAAUGAAAUGACUAUUCAUUUAAUAAGCUGAAAUGCUAAAUCCUGGCCUAUAGAAGAAAAUAGGGGAUUUUGAAUAUUAUUUAUAAAAGAUGCAUCCCUUGGUAAUUAUUGGAAAUAUUAAAAUAAAUACGGUCUGAAUGUCUCACAAAGUCUUUUUUUAAAGCACUUUGUAAACAAUAAUUUAGAUUCUUUACUCAGUACUACUGUGCAUUUUUGUUCUUUGGUGGAAUGUGUUGCAUGUACUUUGGUGUUUAUGUAUUUAUAAUCUUAUUAGAGUAAUGAUGGAAAAAAAGUCAUGUAUAAAUAAAAAUAUUUAAAUGAGCAGGA